AUGCUUGAUUUCUCACAAUCCCAGUUUGAAUGGUGGCGGGGGCUUCGAUAUGGUUUUACACAACCGUGGUAUUUGGCAGUCUAUGGCUUGUUUGCCAUACCCCUUAUAUACUGGAUAUGUUAUGGCAUCUAUCAAGCCUUCACCUACCUUUAUGAAGGAUACUAUGAAGCCUGGCUUGGUGGAAAGUACUUCCUUCGCGUGGCGGAAAUACACAAGCAGUACGGUCCAAUCGUGAGAAUCAGUCCCCACGAGGUGCAUUUUUCCGAUCCGGAGUUUCUCGAUACUGUAUAUCCAGCAGGAGGAAGAAAAACAGACAAGCCAUCAUGGUUUGCUCUGUUGACGGGAACUCCUUAUUCCGUCGUGUCUACAGUCCACCACGACCUUCAUAGGCAGCGCCGCAACGCCCUCAGCUCAUUUUUCUCCACGGCUAGCAUCCACAGGUUUGAGACCGUGAUGAAAGAGCACUUGGGUAAGCUUCUCUCGCGGCUCGACGCAUCGGCGGAGUCAAACGAAGUCGUCAAGAUCCACGAAGUCUUCAAGGCCGCCGCAAGCGACACCAUUACCAAGUACGCCUUUAAUGACUCCUUCAAUUUUCUUGACAUGGCCGACUAUGGAAAAUCUUAUUUUGAAUCCACUGAUAACUUCUUUCUCCUAACCCACAUAUGCUUUGUACUUCCAUGGUUGUACCCAUUAAUCCAGAACUCGCCUGACUGGCUUCUUCGAUUCCUGUUUCCUGGGCUAAGUGAGGUCCGGAACAGGCAAAAUUGGUGGAUUGAUCAAGUCCGCAGUAUUCGAAAGUCAUCCGAUGCCCAAGUUUUGAAGCAGACCAUUUUUGGGGGCAUUCUGAGUAGCAAGCUACCGGACGAAGAAAAAACCGAUAUCCGGCUAGCUAGUGAGGCGCAACUGGUAGUAUUUGCAGGGGAAGGCACGACUGCAUGGGGUCUCAAUGCCGCUCUGUACGAGCUACUCGCCAACCCUGAUGAGAUCCGUAAGCUUAAAGCCGAACUGUCGGAGCUUGAGCUUGACCCGGACGGCAUACCUAGCCUUUCGCAGGUGGAAGGUCUACCAUAUCUCGGUGCUAUCAUUCAAGAGGCUUUGCGAGUACACCCUGGAGUCUUGACCCGGCAGAUGCGUGUCUCCCCCGAAGUGCCGGUUGAGUAUUUCGACAAGAAUGAAGGUAUAUCAUACGUAAUUGCACCUGGUUUUAUUACGAGUAUGUCGCCACUUAUUACGCAUCGGGACCCUGAAGCGUUCAACAACCCGUACGAGUUCUGCCCACAGCGAUGGAUAGAUAAUCCAAAAUUAGCUCGGUACUUUCAUGGAUUUGCGCGCGGUGCAAGAAAUUGUGUUGGUAUGACCCUUGCUAGGCGCGAAAUGGCUCUCAUACUGGCUACUGUUGUCCUAAAGUAUGACUUGUAUACUGGCCAAAAGGGCCCAACCAUGGAGCUGUAUGACACAGAGCGAGCUCGAGAUGUCGAUGCGCACAGUGAUUACAUUAUUCCUGUUCCUGCUAAAGGAAGUCCGGGAGUACGUGUCAAAUUUAGAGCCUGA